AUGAGAAAAACUUUUAUAUCCCUCGCAUUAUCAGCACUUCUUGCAACUACUACCUUUGCGACUCAAGCAGAUUUAACAUACUAUUGGAUAUGCUUUGAAUCAGAUGAAUCUGGCUCAGGACCAAAGGACACAGUAUUAAAAACAUGCGGUGGAAAGAAUAUAGCAACUGUAACUAAUCACUAUGCUAAGAGAAUUAGAGUUGAAGGAACAGGAAAACUUAAUGAUGGAAGAGUAUUAAAUAUUGGGGGUUGUGACUGUGGAAACAGUUUUAGCUGCUUUGAAGAAAUUGACUAACACAAGUACCCUUAUGGGAUUGGACCUUAAGACAAUCCAAUCUUUCCAUAUUCAAGCGUAGCUGAAAACGAUUUCCCGAUAGGAACAACUCUAUACGUCUAGAAACUUGAUGGCCUGACAUUACCAGGAACUGGAGGCUAGAAACACAAUGGUUGUGUGAGCGUUGAUGAUAGAGGUUAUGGCUUUGGAAGUAACCACAUUGACUUCUUUGUUGCAAAGGAGAAGUAUUAUGAGAAUAUUGACAAUAUUCUGAAGAUUACCAAAGCUGACUAUCAAAGAAAAAAUUGCUAAGUCCUUCAUUACAACUUCGGUGCUACCCAUCAUAAUGCUGAAGAAUAAGUAGUUGAAGAAUUCUUAAAUUGA